GUAGCCAUGCUAAACCACGCCUCUUCAGUUACUCACGCAUCAACAUGGCGACAUUCAGGAAGAUGGGGCGAAGCAGGGGAAAUAUUUUUGCUCUUUCUCUGGUUAUUUUCCUCCAGCUGUUAACCAGCGGCUGCAUGUCAGCUCCAGCAAAUAUGACAGCCCCAAACAUAGAUAAUCAGAAGGGAUCUGUGUUUCAAAAUCCUACCCCUGUGAACAAGAAAACAAGUGACAAAGAGCUUUUGCUGCCUGAGCAGAAUGUAACAGAUCCCAAGAACCCUGCAAUACCUGCUGGCAAUGAUUCCACAACAGAAACAGAGGCUCCUAAAGACAACAUCACAACAGUCAUUGAAACAAAAAUGCCUAAAGAGAAUGGGGACAUACAUCAAGUCUUCAUCAUUGCUACCUCUGCUGGUAAACUGCAGAAAGAAACUUCCAAGAAUAGGGACGGAAACACAGUUGAAGCUAACCCAGACAGCGUUGAGGCAACAGAUGAACCUGUUGUUUCUGAAGUUAUUCCAGCCUCUACUCCAGAAGCUGCUACCACCUCUGUCAAAGCCCCUGAACCAGCCAAACCUGUAACGGAAGAGCCAGAACCACCUGGCUCUGAGUCUAAACCCUCCAAGGAACAGAGCCCGUCCAUAGUGCAGGACGCUGAAUCAGACCUGCUGCAGACCACUGAAAAAGCAGCACCACCUCACAUUGAUUUGGAUGGUUACCCAGAUGACAACGAAAAAGACGAAGAUGAUGACGAUGCUACCAACAACGCUGCCUAUGAUGACGACAUAGAAAACAUUGAGAACACUGACGGCGCGGACAGUGAAUAUGACGGCAAUGACGAUUUCAAAGACCAGACUUUGAGCAAGCAGCAGCCAGACAGGAUGGAGGUGACCCAUUACAAGGAAGCAGAUAGCUACAACACAGAGGAUGAGGACUCCCACUUCUUCUUUCAUCUGGUCAUCUUGGCUUUCCUGGUGGCCAUCAUCUACAUCACCUAUCACAACAAGAGGAAGAUCUUCCUCCUGGCUCAGAGUCGGCGCUGGAAGGACAGUCUUUGUUCCCGCAACAGUGUGGAGUAUCACCGCCUGGACCAGAAUGUCAACGAAGCUAUGCCGUCCCUCAAGAUGACCCGAGACUACAUUUUUUGAUCGACGUUCAGAGGACCAAUAUGUCCAUACCUGCACAGAGCCAGUUAGCCUUCCUUCCUGGCUAUUUGCAUUGUCAAGCUGCUUUGCUUUGUUGGAGCUUGACUGAUGCUUUCUCUUGCUUUACAGGCCAGCUGGAGAGCAGGGAGUGUUGUGUCUUGGGAAUAGAACUAUGUUCACGAUUUUUUUGUUGUCUGCAUAGAGAUAUUUUUACUCUUCCUCUGUUAUUCUUAUUGGUUAUAUUUUAAUGUUAUUUCUUAUUGGUUUUUCUAAAUUAAUAGCUUCUUGGGAUUAAAUAUUUUGGUUUAUUAUGGGUCUUAUAUUUAUCUUUAUUUUUGAGAUUUCAACCUCAUGGUCCCUCUACACCUAUUUGUUUUCCUUCUUGCAUAAUGUCUUCAUAUAAUUUAAUACUCAAUUUAAAGAGUUGGAAGAAUUACAUGUUAAUGUAACUCUUAGGUGAUAAUAUAAGGCUUAAUUCUAACAGUUGAUUAUUUCCCCCAAGAUCACUAACAGAUUAAUCUCUCAGCAGUUAGCCAAUAUAUGAAUUGACACACUAAGCAUUUCUUUUCAAAGCACUUCCUGUGUCAUGAAUACUUUUGUACGCCUUUACUUCUGUAAAGGUGUAAGUAUGCAAACAAAGCAGCAAUUAGGAGAAACAGAUACAUACAUUUUUUAUAUACAUAUAUGCAUGCAUACAUACAUACGCACACGCACACACACAUGUAUGUGUGUAUAUGUGUCAUUCCAAAAACUGUUCAUCAUGUUGAAAUGGUUGCCAUAGAGCUACUGUAAGUAAAGUACUUUACACUAAAAAAAAAGAAACAUUGGGAAAAUUGAUUUUAAUAUAUAUGAAGGUGAAAUAUUCCUUAGCAUUUCAUAUAAAAUUCUUGGAUGACAAUUUUUUUUUUUGGUCAUUUUUUUUUUACCAUUACUUAUAAUUUCUGUUAUACCUUUAAAGAAACACAUAAUAGCCUUUUCAUUUUGAUUUGACAUUAUGUAAGGGAUAUAAAAUCUCUAUAUGUUAUGAAAUGAAGCUGCAUGUUAAGCAUUAAGUCAAGGAAGGUGACUACUCUUCAGGCGAGGGGUAUGUUCAUUUGCUUAAGCCAUUUAAAUCAAGACGGAUAUUGUUCAGGUUAGAAUGUACUAAUAAUGUAUGGGGGAAGCUUUUAUUGCCAGACCUUUUCCCCGUUCAUCAGUUUAUAUUUAACUUGUGUUAUAUGGUUCUACUUCUACUGCCCAGAUUUUGCUAUGCAUAAAUCCUGGGGCUUGCCCUCUUUGUUUUAUGACUUCGGUGAAGUCUC